AUGGUCUCAGUUGAUGUAACCUCACCAUUUGCAUACACUACACAGGCUAGACUAUUACUAUGCCAACUAAUAUACGAUACGCUUAGUUCUCGACCUAAGAAAUUCCAGGGAUCGGUGAUCCUUGAUAAUUUCAAAAACCAUCCACUCAUAUGCGACCCAGAGAUGAAAUUGACUGAGGAUCAACUAGUUGAACUUGUCAACAAUAUGAUGAUUGAAAAUAACUUUCUGAAAGAUGAAGAAAGAGAUAGCAAUUUGCCCCAGUCUUUGGAAGAGUAUAAGGAUAGAUUAGAGAUGAUUAUAGAAGCAUGCAAUAUCUAUUUUUUCAAGAGGAUCAAAGAGAUCGAGCAGAGAAUAUCCGAGAAUAAGGAGGCGUUCCAGGAAGAGUAUGACAAGUUGAAAGCCAGCUAG